AUGAGCAUGCACGAAAUUGGUGCGCACAGGGCGUCACAGCUCAGAAAGUGGGUCCUGAAGAUCCGCGAUGUUCAGGAACAUGAAGAGGAGAUACGAGACAGCGUGCCAACCCACUGCCUAGAGGUGCUCGAGCGCAAGAGAUUGGCCAUCUUCGACGAGCUUCUCAGAGAAGCGGGUCACCGUGACACCGACCUGGUGCAGGACAUUGCUCGUGGCUUCGACUUGAGCGGUCCUAUACCGGGCUGCCGAGAGUUCAAGCCAAAAUUGACUCUUGCAUCAAUGCCUGUGCGUGAACUUCACCGUGCCGCACCUCUCAUGCGAGAGAUAACAAUGGCCAACACUGGUUCGUCCGGGGAUGCUGUCUUGGAUGAAGCGCUCUACGAGGCGACCAUGAAAGAGGUGAGCAAGGGGCAUUGUGUUAACGCCACUGCCUCUUCUGUUGACAGCGUGGCCGUUCACUCUGCCGACACUGUAGCCGCCGGGCUAUGCUACAGAUUGCACCGCGACAUGAAGUGCCGCACCCAUGGUGGAGUGCACACCCGUGCGUGGGAUUUGCACAAGGCUUACAAAAAUCUACCUCUGAGCACCCAAGCUAAGGACGAAGCCUUCCUCUCGGUUUUCAAUCCGCGGGCAAACAAGGCAGAGCUGUUCUCCCAAAAGGUGUUGCCCUUCGGGGCGAGAUCUUCCGUGCAUGGUUUCAUUCGCACUUCCUUCGGGAUGUGGAGGGUCGGACUCACUUUACUGCUCCUCCAUUGGAGCAUCUUCGUGGACGACUACAUAGGUGCUGAAGUCCCCCCGCUCGCCAAGGUGUUUGAACUGUGCGUGGAGACUCUGUUCCGGAUCUUAGAUUGGGAAACAUCUGCAGACAAGGAUCAGAAUGAGCUUGACACCACAGAGGCCAAGGCCGGUUUCGUGUACCUCCGGAAUACCAGCAAGAGAAAACAUGAACUCAUCGACUUGAUCUCUGACAUUCUAUCCCACGGGCUCCUGACUUCCAAGGAGUGCCAACGCCUGAGGGGCAGGAUUCAGUUUGCAUCAAAUCAAGUGGCUGGGAAGCGUGCCGGCCUCGCUUACAAGGCGCUGUCCAGACACCUUGUGAGGGGCGACCCCAGGGUCGGAGAUGAUCUCCAGCGGAGCCUGCUCUUCCUGCGUGACAACUUCCUUGAGGGCCCGCCUCGUAUCUUGUGUUCCAACAUGCUGCACCUCUGGCACAUGUACGUCGACGUUGCGUGCUUCAGCGUGUGGGCAUGCGACGAGCUCAGAUCUUUGAUUAGUCCCGGCAGUGGGAACCCUAUCUUUGAAUACGAGUGCUUGGCCAUCCUACUGGGCCUACGCACGUGGUCGGGCCUCCUUCGAGGCUGCAACGUGGUCGUCUUCUCCGACAAUCAGGGGGCGCUUGGAGCCAUGAUUUCGGGAUCGUCGGACAAUGAGUGUGGAGCACUCAUCGUGAACCGCACACACGACCUUCUUGAUACCAUGUGCGUGAACGCAUGGUUCGAAAGAGUCAACACUGCCUCUAACAUUGCGGAUCCGCCGUCUCGUGGCGCCGAUCUGGAGGGCCUGGGGAAAGGUUUUGAAGUCGAUGCCCUCCGCAUUGCUAAGGAAGCUCUCAGCUCGUGGGAUUAG